CAAACCCCACGCCUACUUUCUCUUGACUUUAGCCAUCCCUUACUCCUUAAAGCUAGCUUGAUCUCCAAGUUCUCUCUCUCUCUCUCUCUCUCUCGACCCAUUUCUCCAUUUCCUUGUAUAAUUCAAUAACUCUCCCUCAUAAAGCUAUUCCCUCACUCUUUCACAAUAUGGCACGACCUAGCACGUUGCUGCUCCUGUUGAUGCUUCUCUUGUCUUCAUUUUGCUCGCUUUUUGAAGCCAGAAAACUUGUUCUAGAGAAGCAGCAGAAGAAGGAAAACCCAUCUUCAAGAAGGGACAGUUUGUUUCUGAGUGCACUUCCUAAGGGCACCGUGCCACCUUCUUCACCAAGCAAAAAAGGACACUCUAUGGAGGUUGAUGAGAAGCUCAUAGCACGACACCUCAUAGCCAUCGAUCGAGUUCUUCUAAGAUCUGUCCCUAGCCCUGGUGUUGGCCACUAAUAAAUUAAUUAAGUUUGUGUGUUUAUUUAUUUUUUCUUUAACUUCUUUCUUGAGAUAUCACACCACAUUUUUAUUGGUUCAGUUUUGUUAUUAUAUGGCAAGAUUCUUUGUAUGGUGGUAAAGAGGAUUUUGAAAUUGUGAUAUAAAUAAACCGUAGGGAAUAGUUGAAUUGUGUAAAAGUGGAAUGAAUGAAUAUGUGUGCUUAUGCUUUCCUCUGUUUUGGGACUAUUAGCUUUCCUU